UACUGCAAUGGAAGAAGCCUGAACCAUAUCUUUGCACAAUAUUUACACAGUUAGUUUUAAAAGGAGAGAAAAGUAAAAAGGCGCACUGGGCCUUUACGCAUGGAAGUUGGAACCAGCCUAAACACAUUUACGCAUGGCUUUGUUUCGUCUCCUCGGAAGAUGCGUUCGGGCUUGUGAGAGCUUCCCAGGGCGUCAAGUGCAGAGUACAAAGUGAUCAACGAUGCGGGUCACUAAGCUGCUGCUCGGAUACUUUCUGGUGAAAAUUAUGGUGUGCGACGCGGAGGGCGAGCCGUCUCAUACCGGGGACGAAUUCAUGCUGGUGACCGGCUUUAACGACUCGAAGGAAGGGGAGGUGACGGAGAGCCCGCACACGGAGGACAAGUGCCGCGGCUACUACGACGUGAUGGGCCAGUGGGACCCGCCGUUCGUGUGCCAGACCGGAAACUACCUGUACUGCUGCGGCACCUGUGGCUUCAGGUUCUGCUGCGCGUUCAAAAGUUCCCGGCUGGACCAGACCACUUGCAAGAACUACGACACCCCGCCGUGGAUGAUGACCGGAAGACCCCCGCCCAAAGUGGACGUGGUGCAGGAGUCCUCGAAGGAUAAAACCAACCUCAUUGUGUAUGUCAUCUGCGGGGUCGUGGCCAUACUGGCACUGAUAGGAAUUUUCACCAAGCUAGGUUUGGAGAAGUCGCACCGUCCGCACAGAGAAAAUAUGUCAAGAGCUCUUGCACAUGUUAUCCGCCAUCCUGCCUCAGAACAUACGGAUGAAAUUGGACUUGGCCAGCACUACGAGAAUAUCCAGACAAGAGUCACACUUAACAGUCUACGUAAAAACCAGAUGAACAACGCGGCUCACGCAGCGACGUUGCUAACGCAGCUGUACCCGGCCGUGGGUCCCCUCACCAGCCCGUACGAGCCGCAGCAGCCGGUACAGGACUUCAACACGUACGCCACGCUCAAGGCUGUGGCAGAGAAAGCGAAUGACAGCUUAUACGGCAACCGGCGGCAAGUGAUGGAGAUGACAACCAAGGGCAGCCUUCCCAUGGAAGCUGUGGAUAUGGAGCCAGAGCCGAGCAACCCAUACAGCCCACCCAGACAGGUGUCUUCAAAGCAGAACGGAUACAAGUACAAAAGCCCCCGGAGCCACAGCUCACAGUGGCUGGCCUACGGCUCCAGCCCUGCCACCAGCCAGGGGCUGCUGAGCUCCUGGGAGAACAGGGACAUGCUGGGGCUGCGACAGAGCUACGGAUCAAAGAAACUCUGCAUCAUAGAGAAGGAGCUGCACACAACUCGCUACAUGCCUCCACAGCCAUACUUUGUCACCAACAGCAAAACAGAAGUGACAGUAUGAGGGAGUGUGUAAGCACCGGGCUGAACCUCAGUCUGUAUUUAGGAGAAGCUGCUGACUGUGGGUGGAGUUGCUAGACAGCAGCAAGCACUGGAGUGUAUGUGGUGGUGCAUGUGAUGGGCAGAAUUAAAGACGGUUACUUAAGGUGAAGUGUACUGUCACAGGACUUGGUCUCAACCACUGUUCCUCAUUGGGCUCAGUGAUGAAUAUAUAGUCAUUGAUCCAACUGCUUAAACUAAACACAAAAGUUAAUCAUAAGAUAUGUUAGGGCUACUC